CCUACUAAUAUCGAUAAGCACACAAAAUAACACCGCGCCGCAGAUACGCAGCGCCAAACGUUGAAAAAUCCGAUUCUUGUUACGUCAUCGAUCACAUAAAUAUUUUGUUUGUUCAAAAGACUUAAUCGAUACAAGUAAUCAUAUCGCCUUUUACAAAGAAGAGACAUUUAAAUAAAAAAAAAACAGGGAUGUGACGUGAAUUUAAAAUUAUCCAUGCAAAUGGAUCUUGCAUUAUUAACGAAACGAAGGUAAUUUCAAGCUAACAAUAUGAAUUAUUGAGGCAGUACCGGAGAUUUGUCAUUUUGAAGUUUUAAUAGAAGGAUUAAAUUCUGGAACGAGGAACGUUUACGUAAUUUGGUUUUAAAAAUGAAUACCUUGACCUUAUUGGGGGGUCAUGAGGCGCCGAUUUUGACUGAAGUGAUACCAUAUUCAGCGCGAAAAGAAGCCUCUGAAUUAAAAAAACGCCAAUUUAGGAUCAAGACUGCCGGUGACACGGAUGCUCUGGAAGCAGUGAAGUUGGACCCAGCAGUUUUGGAGGCACGUGUGACUAUAGACACAAGCAAGCAGCAAAAAUGUGAUCACACAGACGCACGCGCACCGAUCGCCGCACCCAGAGACUCGAAAUCGGACGAUUUCAAGAGUAUGGUGAUGAGGCACGAAGCAGCCCUGCUGUCGCUAACGUCCGAACAAUAUGAUUUGCUGAUGAAAUUCGCCUCGACACUGCGCCGUCAACGUCAUACCAAUCAGAUGAACUUGGAGUGCGCAUUCUGUAAGAACAAUGGCGAAUCAGUGUCGUGGUACACGUCACACGCGUUGCGGUGCUGGCGUGGGCGCGUGCUGUGCCCAGUGUUGCGUGCGUACCGCUGUCCGCGCUGCGGCGCGUUCGGCGACCGUGCGCACACGCUGCGCUACUGCCCGCUGUCGCUUGAUGACUGUCGGCACGAUGACUCUCUCCCACAGGGCUCGCAGAUCUCUGGAGGGUGUCCUUGAGUUCCACGUGGCUUCACUCAAUAAAUGCUUUUCUACUA